GAGCUCGAGCUCUGCCAAUGAAGCCUCAUUUGGCGGCGCCUCCUCGCGCAGACCGUAUUGUUCUGGCACCGGGUCCCGCGACGAGGACCUCUGACAACAAAAGAGAUCACCUGACAACCAUGAGAUCCUCAGCUGUAAGAACCUGAAACAAUUUGAAUCCAAAAGAAAAAAGCAGCAAUGGAGGACCUAUAUAAGGACAGCCAGACUAAUUUGCCCUUGGACAUGUCAAGUCCCCCCAGUGCAGUGACCAGUACUGAUGGAGGAGAUGGGAAUGGAAAAUCAGAAAAUGGAACAGUUCAGCUGAUUACAUCAGAAGCCUGGAAUAUGAAGAAGAAGCCGCUCUCUCCUGUGAUGACUGUCCCAGCAAGCUCUGUGGUGAGCCCCUCUACAGAGUCUCCAGGAGGUAUGGCGCUCAAAGUGGCUGCCACUGUUUUACAACCCAUCUGCUUGGGGGACAGUCCAGUGGUGCUGCCCAUUCACCUGCAGAUGGCUGGCAGCGCUGCUCCACAGAUCAGUGCCGCAGGCAGCACACCAUACCUGAUGACCAGUCAGGGUCCGAUUUCACUGCCAUUGGUCCUCGAACAGCAGGUGUUCCAGCAUUUGAACUCCCCAGUGCUCCAGCAAGGUUCUGUAUGCCCUUCACUGUCUCUCCAGAACAACAUUUUGUGUCAGAACUCUUCCCUCUCCUUUAGCCAGGCUCCAACCGUGGACCAGAAACCAGGUGUGCAACCUCUAGAGCCUGGUAUUCUGCCCCUGCUUCAGAACCCAGGGUUUGCUGCAGUAUUGCAGGACCUGUUCCCCUCUCAGAGCAAUCUCAAUCAUUCCACAUGUCACACAGCAGCAUCUACUCCAGCAGAUAACUUCACUUCAACCAUCUUCCCUCCCUUGCCCUUCCCUCAUUCGUACAGCUCCUCACUGUCUCCGCUGGUCCCCCCAGCCACUCUGCUGGUUCCAUAUCCAGUCGUUGUCCCUCUGCCAGUGCCUCUACCUAUUCCCAUCCCAAUUCCCUUUCCCCUGAAUAGUGACUUAAAAGGGUUUACAGAUCCACCUAAGCCACCUUGCACUUUGGAUAAAAGCACUCAAACCUACACAAAAGAAAAUCCUAGUCCUCCCCCACAACAAAACAGGGAAGGGAUCACACAUAUUCCACAGGUGGAAUCACCAUGCUCUCCUUCAGAUAUUGUAGAAGUGCUGGAUCUCUCUAUAAAAAAUCCUCCAAUCCAGACAAAGCAGGAAGUCAUAUUUCAGAGUCAAGAUAACGUCCUUGACUUGUCAGUGGCCAGCGUGAGGACACCAUGCAUUCAACCACAUAGUAACAAGGAGCUAUUAGGAGAAAAAGCAAACCAUUCUGGCCAUAUCUGCGAGAACAAAACAGGCUCUGCCUUAUCCUUUGAGGUUUUUCGUCCCAUGGAGUGCACACAGAACCUGGAUUCUAAAAUACUGAAUGGCCUGGCCUCGCUGGAGUUCAGCCGACAACACAAGUGGGUGGUGGAUAGCGGUAGCAGUCGUUCGGGCUGUGAGUCCAAGUGCGGCAGCGGGAACAUUGAAAUAGUUAGGACCUCCCAGACAGCCAAAGUCAUUGUUUCUGUUAAGGAUGCUGUCCCCACCAUCUUCUGUGGAAAACUCAAGGGUCUCUCUGGCGUUUCCACUAAGAACUUCUCCAUCAAGCGAGAUGCCAACCAGGAAGCCAUGCUACAGCAGCAUUACAGCAUUAAAGCCCAGGUUGAACCACGAGACCCCAAUGAUUCCCUUAAAAAGGCUUCCAAAAGCAAACCAAUCAAAUUAAAGAAAAUGAACUCCCAAGAGAUACACAUCCUCCCCAUCAAAAAACAACGACUGUCUGCUUUUUUCCCUAGAAAAUAAAGAGUCCACAGGCAAGAGUGGCUUUUAUUGCAGUCUCAGGUGGACACAGGAACUCAGAUUACAUGAUACAACAUUUUUCAGAAUCUUUUUUCAUUUUUACACAAAACAAUCAGUAUCAAUCGGUCCUUGAUCCACUCCUACCUGAAUCCGAUAUUGAGAAGUAUGUGUAAGAUUCAUGUAUGUGGUAGACACUCAACCUCAAGGGAAUAAUAAAAAGAUAAAACUUAUAUUCCUUGAACAGGUCAUUGCAGUUAGAAUUUAUGUAUUUCACAGCAUUACUAUGUAUGCAGUUUCCACACAGUGAAAAAUUUAUAGAAAAAUAUUAAGAAUUUUAAUAUAAUCAAAUGACUGUGUAUACUACUUGAAAAUAGUACAACACUGGCCUUUAUUUCCUCCAAAAUUAAAUUAGAAUGUUAGAAUCAUCCCGAGACUAUAAAAGUUCUGUAUGCACACCAGAAAUACUUUGUUAUGCAACAUACUGGUAGAUCAUAUUGUAUGUAUUGGACUGAAGUCACUGAAUUUCACCUGAAGAAGUAUAAUCCUGCCAUCACAAGUAAAAAUGCUCAUCUUUGCUUUCUUGAAAAAGCCAAGAUAUUUUAAUGAUGAUGAAUAUUGUAGACUUAGCAUAAUGUCAGCAAAGCAUUUUUUCCACUCUAAAAUCAACAGCUUCUUAAACAUUGCCAUCUUAUUCCAGAUGUUUUCAACAAAUAAUCAAAUUUGACAGAAAAAGAUUAAGAUCAGCCUCUUUUAGGGUCUGUGGAAAAAAUAGGAACCUAAACAUAUGGUUCAUAGCAGAACUCAGAAAGGAACAAGGGUUUUCAAAAAUACAGACAAGUUGCUAUACACAAUUUAAGGAAAAACUCACUAUUUUCACUAUUCUCAGCUGAAAUAAGGUUUUACAGCUUGGAGAACUUCCUUUAUGAAAAUGAGAGAAAAAGGUAUAAAACUAAUUUAGAAAGGUACUUGAAGUGGCCUAAAAUCAUGUCUGCAGUUAACGUCUUCAUGGGAGCUUAACAUACUUACAAGGUAAAUUUAUGUAUUUAUUUAUGGUAGACUUUACUUCAUAAAGCAGUUUUACCUUUACUCUCCCUGAUUUAUGUGCAAGUGUUUUCAGGUUAAAGCUGAUACUUGACCAGUCUUGGACCUUUUAUUGGGAAAAAAAAAAAAGUUUCCCCUCUAGUAUUUUGUCAUUGUACCCUUUUAGCUGUAGUCUUAAGCUGUACCAUAAAGGUGUUUUGUAAAACUGCAAAGGAUGCGUGUAAAAACAUGACAACUGCAGGUUAGGCAAAUCUUAGUUUUACAAACGUGUUUGAGAAAGUUUUGGUUUCACAUUAUCAUUAAAGGUUUUGUUGUAUUUAUAUAACUGAUCAUUCAAUUUUAUAUUGUAACAAGUUAUUUUAUUGUACGGUGCAGUUGCAUGAGGGUCCUUUUUGAAUGGAAAAUAAACUGCUGAAGUGCAACAACAUGUACAUAUUUUCUGUAAUUCACAUAAAUUGUCUAGCAGAUUAACGGAAACCCCCAGAGCCGAAAAGUAACAAGACGUUAAACAUUGACAAUAGCAGGCAGUAAUGUGUCUCCAUUAAACCCAUGUUUAUGGGCCACACUGGGCUCUACCUCUCUGAUGUUGCAUCAGAUUAAGUUAGGGAAGUGUUGGGCACCCUGGGAUAAUGCUGUUCACAUGUUGCUUUUAAGAGAACAUAUUUAGUCUCACUGCAAAUGUACAUAUCUUUUUCAGUGCCAGCGGGGGGGGAAUAAAAAAAAUAAAAACACACACUCACUGAGGUUUUACAUCACAAUUAGCACUUUACCUUAAAUUAAGAGCGUCAACAGGUCUGACAUAGCAAACCAUACAGGAACUCCGCUACAAAUACUUGGCUGACACUUUUCCUCCAAAACAAUUUAAAGUUAUAAGCUAGAGAUUUAUCCAUUGAUGCAGCUGGAUAAUAUUUACUGGAGUAAUUCAGGGUAAGCGUCUUACUCUAGGGUGUUACAGCAAGAAGGGAAAUUUUAACGUGGGUCCUUUGACUGGAAGGCAGCAGCUCUACUUUUGCGACUAUGCUACCAUAGCGGUAGUCAAAUACCUACCUGAAACUUACCUUCAAUGCCUUGGCGCACACAUACUCUUACCCAGAAUGAUUCCCUGUCCCACUAAGCCCUGGAAAUUACUACAGCGGCAAGGGGGAGGCACAACUUCAAAUGCAAUCUUUAAAAUACCCAGUAUACUGCAUCCUAACUUAGGAAAGCAAUUGUAACCAGAAGUUUAAGUGUACUUGUUUAUAAUGCCAUUCACUUUCACAACAAAUGUCCCUCCACUUAACAGGGUGCGUCGAGUAAAGUCCCUUAAUACCUGCUUUUUCAGUGCAGGGUCACAGCCUCUCCUUAAGACAUAUAGCACAAGGGAGUAUACCCUUAACAUACCACCUGUACAUGGCAGUAUAUUAAACUCAAGACAAUAUUAAUAGUGCAGGGGGUGCAGUGGCGCAGCAGGUUUGGCCAGG